GCAGUUGUUCCUGUUAGUUCUCCUGGAUGUGAAUAUCAGUUUGGAUUGUUUUCUGACGGAAAUGUCUGUAGUACCAAUUACGUAAAAUGUGAAUAUGGUGAAGCAUACAGUUUGCCGUGCGAACCAGGAUUAGCAUAUGAUGAUAGAAUUAAAAAAUGUAAUUGGCCUGAUGCUUUAGUCGAUUUAGGAUGUAAUCCUUCAGCAAUUGUCGGUUUCAAUUGCCCGGAAAAAGUAGAUCCACACUCGGUUUCAGCUAAAUUCGAACCUUACCCAAGAUUUCCCAUUCCUGGAGAUCCACACAGACUUAUUACCUGUGUCAAUGGACAUCCUAGAUUGAUAUCUUGCGGCGAAGGAAGCAUUUUGGAUGAGUCAUCAUUGACUUGCGUUGAACAAGAGUAUGUAUUAUAUUGAAAUGUAUCAUAAUAU